CCACCUUGGUAGACCUUCCGACGAUCACAAAUCAAUCGUCAAGAUGGCUUCUAACCCCGAAUCGUUCUAUGAACUGUACAGGCGCAGCAGCAUUGGCCUCGCGCUGAUGGACAUGCUCGACGAUCUGAUCAGCGCUGAGCGCAUCUACCCGCAGUUGGCCAUGAAAAUCCUGGCCAACUUUGAUCAGGCCAUCACAGAGGCUCUUCAGAAGAACGUGAAGGCUCGUCUGACGUUCAAGGGGAGCUUGUCGACGUACCGCUUCUGUGACGAAGUCUGGACCUUUCUCAUCAAGAAUGUCCAAUUCAAGCUCGAUAAUGGCGGGCAAAUGGUCUCUGCGGACAAGGUCAAGAUUGUGAGCUGCAACGCCAAGAAGCCUGGUGAGGGCCCUUGAGCUGCUUCGAAGGAGACAUGGUCUCGAUGGGUCCACAGCGAACACGACAUACGACAAUACGUAACGAUGGUCGGGCGAAGAGAAUACUGCAUCAGACAUGGGUACGGGUACGGGUACGGGUCCGGGGUUGGACAACGGCGUUCCGGUACUGCUUUCACCCGGCUGCGGCCGUUUUACAGAUUUGCAUUUCCUGCGGGAUUGGGGGCACAAAGUCAAACGAGAAUGACGAAUGGACAAGGACAUUGAGUCAAUGAUAACAGGCUUCGAAAUACAAGCAGCCGACCCUGAGGCCA